ACUUCCAGCCUGUGCCUGUAAACUUGCCAUGUCUGUAACGGUGACGGUGCCAAUAAAUGUACCAAUCACAGAAAAGUCACUUUUUUUUACAAAAAAAAAAAAAAAAAGGCAAAAAAAAAAAAAAAGCAGAAGCCAUCAAGCGAGCCAAGCCCAGCUUCGGAUCUCAGUGCAGGUAUUUCUGCUGCUGUCUUCAUCCCUUGCCGCCUGCCACCCCGGUUUAUUUUUGAUUUUUAUUUUUUUUUUAAACGAAAGAAAGAAAAAAAAAAAAAGGACGGAAAGGAGAAGUGGAACUCUCAAAGGGUUACUAUGCAAUUGCGACUGAUUUCUUGGUUUUUUAUCACUUUGAACUUUAUGGAAUACAUUGGCAGCCAGCACGCCUCCCGGGUACGGCGACAGGGAAGAAUGCAUCCUAACGUGAGCCAGGGUUGCCAAGCAGGGUGUGCGACGUGCUCUGACUACAACGGGUGCCUGUCCUGCAAGCCCAGGCUCUUCUUCGUGCUGAAGAGGAGCGACAUGAAGCAGAUCGGCGUCUGCCUCUCCUCCUGUCCCAGCGGGUACUACGGGACACGCUACCCCGACAUCAACAAGUGUGCCAAAUGCAAAGCUGACUGUGACACCUGCUUCACCAGAAACUUCUGCACAAAGUGUAAAAGUGGGUUUUACUUGUACAGCGGAAAGUGCCUUGAAAAGUGCCCCGACGGGCUGGAAGCCAACAACCACACCAUGGAGUGCACCAGCAUCGUGCACUGUGAAGCUAGUGAGUGGAGUCCCUGGAGCCCUUGCACAAAGAAAGGAAAAACAUGUGGUUUCAAAAGAGGAAAUGAAGUGAGGGUCAGAGAGAUCGUACAGCACCCGUCAGCAAGGGGCAGUCCUUGCCCAGCCACAAGCGAGAGCAGAAAAUGUAUUGUACAAAGAAAGAGAUGUCAGAAGGAAGGAAAAGGUACCACGUUAUCGUCAUCCUAAUAAUGAGAUUGAUGUUGUGCUUGUUUAAUAAUAACUCACCUCUGAAUCCCCAGGCCUCGCCCGCAGGCUCCCCCAAACCUCCCGUUGAUGUGGUGGUCUCUGGGCUGGGGAGAACUGUGCCCGCAGUAAAUAAAGUCCUAACGCUGCUCAAAA